AUGGCGUUACGCUGGAGUAGUUUGUUGCGCUUUCGGUCAACAACACGGCCGCUGAUCGUCUUCACCUUCUGCCUGACUGUCAUCCACAGUCUGGGGGACGAGGUGGACAGCUGUGAUAAACUGCGACUGGGACAAUAUCUGUGUAAAGAGCCCAAAAUAGAUGAUGCUACUCAAGAACCAGAAAACUGCAAGGACCGGUUGGCUUGGGUGGAAUGUCUACCUGCUCCGAACAUCAGCUGCCGGCUGUUAAAUGGAACGCAGCUCAAAUUCAGCGGUGUAGAGGUCGGGUUUAACAAAAGCAUCCCGUGUCGAAAUGUGAGUGGUUACUCAUACAAGGUAGCUGUUGCCCUGUCACUCUUCCUGGGAUGGAUUGGGGCGGAUCGGUUCUAUUUGGGAUAUCCAGCCUUGGGCCUACUGAAAUUCUGCACUGUGGGAUUCUGUGGAAUUGGAAGCUUAGUGGACUUCAUGUUGAUAUCCAUGCAGAUCGUGGGUCCAUCAGAUGGGUCGGAUUACAUUGUGGACUACUACGGGGCACGCCUCACCCGUCUUUCGAUAACAAAUGAGACCUACAGAAGAACGCAGCUCUCUCUGUGAAGACACCAGGUGGAUCCCAAUGAGAUGACCCACCAAAUGUACAGGAUCGUGUUAUGUAAAUCCCAUCACCACCAAUUUUCUUUGGACAUGCCUUUGCCGUUUCCAAACACAAAAUCACAUGGAUAUGCCAAACUACGCUCUGGGAAAGACUAGCCCAUGUCUGGAGUUGCAAACAUGGCUCAUGUAUAUGCUGAGCUAGCUUUGAUCUCACCGCUCCAAGUUCUGCUAGGAUCCUUGUAUAGCUGUUUUUUCCACUGGACCACUCAUGUCCUCUAUCACUCUCUCUCCAUCUCUCCAUCCAUCAAUCUCUUUCCAUGAGUCAUGCUGGUGGAAUGUCAUACAUGUUUUAUUUCUUUUCAUUCCUGUCCUCACUAGCUUCACCUUGUUUUACAUUGUGUGAUGUUUUGAUGUUAUUUAAACACUGUAAAUAAAGUUUUAUCUUUUUUUUUUUUUUUGCUGACAUGUUUUGUACUUUGCAUUGUUAGUAGAAAUACGCAACUAAUCGGUUUCCCUGUUGGUUCUGACAAGUAUUAGCAGAUGUUAAGUUUUGUAGUUAACCUGUAAUGACCAAUAUAAGAAAGAUUUUUUUUUUGCAUCAGCCGUCAUAUAACAACAUCUGGUAUUGGUCAGAAUAAUCUCUAAUUGUAAGAUAUCGUAUAAUAUUGGGUUGUUACAAAUUUCAGGUGUCUAAUAAAAGUGGUACACCGUAA